GUAAGCAAUUAAUUUAUAAUCAAAUUCAAACGCAAAUCCAUACUAACAUAACUAUUGCGUAACAUUAAGCAACUAUAAGUCACCUUAUUUAUUAACAAUAAUCGUAAAAUGUUGUUAGUCUUGUUUGAGAAACGAAAGUAAACAUUUCAUUAAAAAUUCAAAAACGCGGUAUAAAAAGAUAUUCAUUUCAAUAAUAAUAUUAUUAUAUUUAAACGGUUCAGUGAUGCUAAAGAAAAAUUUAAUUUAUAAAAUAUGAUAAGUUAUCUUAAGUAAUUAUAGCCGAAGUGUGUUUAAAAUAAAAAUAAUUCUGUGAAACAUUAAUAGUUGUGCAUAAUGUUGUGGUUGUUUAGCGCUCUCCUAGCUGUAUUGAUAGUAUUUGUGACUAUUCUUUUCAAUUGGUAUUUUGCCUUAUUCAAAUAUAGUAGUUUGAAAAAUGUGCCGGGGCCUAAACCAUUACCAAUUAUUGGAAAUGCAAAUGAAGUUGGAAAAACUACUGUUGAAUUAUUACAUUCUUUCAUGAAACUGCAUCUUAAAUAUGGAACAUUUUAUAAACUAUGGCUGGGACCGAGACUUCAUUUAAUGAUUGCCAAUCCGGAAUAUUUGGAAGAGCUUCUAACGUCGAAUGUGCAUUUGAGCAAAUCAGAUGGAUACAACUUAUUUAAACCUUGGUUGGGAGAUGGUCUGUUAGUAAGUACUGGAUUAAAAUGGAAAAGGCGCAGGAAAAUGAUCACGCCCACGUUUCAUUUCAAAAUCUUGGAAGAAUUUAUGAAAGUCUUUAACAGAGAAUUCGACCUUAUGUUAGACAUUUUAAAAGAAGAAGUGAAACAGAAUCCAGGAGAGACGAUAGAUAUUACGAAACCGAUUAAUUUGGCAUCUUUAGAUACGAUAUGUGAAACUGCAUUCGGCACACCUCUAAAUGCCCAACGAAACGGAAACCCUGAGUACGUCAAAGCUGUAACAAACUUCCUAGAAAUCUUUACUCUGAGAUUUUUCUCGGGUUGGCUCAGAAAUCCCAUAAUAUUCAGAUUUUCAUCGUUGUACCAAACGUACAAUAAAACUUUAAAAAUUCUUCACGAUUUUACCAACACAAUUAUUAAAGAACGAAGAGCAGAAUACAGAUCGAAUAAAGAUAAAAAUAAUCAAACUAACGUAUCUGAAGAAGGAAUUAAAAGAAGAGCAGCUUUGCUAGAUAUGUUAAUGGCAACUACCGUGGAAGGUGAAGAAUUGUCUGAUGAGGAUAUCAGAGAAGAAGUCGAUACAUUUAUGUUUGAGGGUCACGAUACAUCGGCGACUGCAAUUUCUUACGUAUUAUAUGCAAUUGCCCAGAAUCCAGACGUGCAAAAUAAGGUAUAUCAGGAAAUUUUGGAAGUAAUCGGCGACGACAGAAGAACGGAAAUUACCAUUUCGAAGAUAAACGACUUGAAAUUCUUGGAUAUAGUGGUGAAGGAAGCGUUUCGAAUAUAUUCACCGGUGCCCCUGAUAGAACGCAGACUGGAGGAAGAUUGGAUAUUGGAUGGAACAAGAAUCCCCAAAGGAACUAAUAUAUCUAUAUUUAUAUACGGAAUGAACCGUGAUCCCAACGUAUUUCCGGAACCGGAAAAAUUCGACCCGGAGAGAUUUCUUCCAGAAAAACAGUCUUCUAGGCAUACGUACGGAUUUAUUCCAUUUAGCGCAGGACCAAGGAAUUGCGUAGGACAAAAGUAUGCAGUAUAUCAGGUCAAAACAUGUCUGAUAAAAUUCAUGUUGGAAUUUGAAAUGAUGGAAGACUUAAAUUUCAAACCAGAAAUUGGAAUGUGUUCAGUUUUGAAAUCGAGGAACGGCAUCAAAAUUAAAUUAAAACCCAGAAAUCGGAUCUAAUUAAAUGGUCAGUGCACAUUUUAAUUAAUUAGUGGAAAAUUCUGUGAAAUCUGUGAACGUGCAGGGUUGCAAUUAGUAAGUUUGAACGUUUGUCUAGAUGAUAUUGUUUUAUUUUUUUCUUUGACGUAAUAAAGGAUAA